AUGCCAGCUUGGAUUGCAGAGCGACAGAGUGAUUACUAUGAUCUGGGCGAAGGUGCGAUGGCGGACGUGGAGGCACAGGUAGUGUUGGGGCCUGUCGCUGUGGGUAGCAGUGGCUGGACCAUGAUGGCGAUGCAGUCGUUGGGCGGAAACAGCUAUUUCCUCGACACGCUCGCCAUCCCCAGCUAUGUCGCGUGUGCAUCUGUACUCGCGCUGCUCUCUCAGUUUGCACUCCAAAAAGUCCGUACCAAACGCAAUGCUGAAAAACACAAUAGAGGCACGGAGACUGGCGACGAGGGAGUCGCGGCAGAAGUAGCAGAGACAACAGUCGCGGAUGCGCAGCCAGUCGACGCGACCAUCCGCAUCUUUAACUUUGUACGACUCACGGCAUGCCUCUCGCUGCUCGGAAUGACCAUCUUCACUGCAUACCUCGCUGCUUGGGGCGACGCGACAGACGUGCAGCCCACGGCCAUCUCCAACAGUGUUUGGUUGCAGAUCGCGCUUUGUGCAACAUACAUAUACUCUUCGCUCCUUGCGCUUCAUUCUGUACUCGCUCCGCCUUCGACGACAGGCACGACGACGCGCCAUCUCACGCUCAUCCUCGUGUCCACAUGGCUUGUCUACAUCUACCGUGACGUCUGGCCGCUCGCGACAGUCCUACUCACCCCCCUGGACGCGGCAGAGGGCAUGUUACUCUGGGCAAAAUUUUCCAUGCUUACGCUUACCGCUGUGCUCAUCCCUUUGUUCGUACCCCGGCGAUAUGUUCCCCUCGAUCCUAAUAACCCCUCCCUGACACCAGCUCCGGAGCAGACUGCGUCCAUAGCGUCGCUCUCGAUGUACUUCUUCCUCGACAAGACGGUACUGGAGGCAUAUCAGGUGGAACACCUGCCGUUGGAGCGGCUCCCGCCCCUAGGUGACUACGAUGGAGCGUCGAACCUCAUGAAGCGCAGCUUCCCGGAGCUGGAUCCGUUCCAGUCCAGCAAGAAAGGGAGGCACAUCCUUUGGGGAUUCCUCCGAGUCUUCCGCCUCGAUGUCAUCAUGAUGUGUAUCAUGCUAACUCUCCUCACGCUCGCACGCUUUGCCAGCCCGUUGGGCAUCCGGAACCUUCUCUGGUACCUCGAGUCCGAUGGCGCGGACGUAUUUGUCCGCCCCUGGCUGUGGAUUGCGUGGCUCUUCUUUGGCCCCGUACUCGGAACGGUCUUCGACUCGUGGUUCGCAUACAUCUGGACGCGGACGCUCGUCCGCAUGGAGGCGAUCCUCACGCAGCUCGUGUUUGACCACGCGCUCCGCAUGCGCGUCAAGGCUGACGCCGCCUCCGACUCCGAGACGAAAGAGAAGGAGCAGCCACAGGUCGGUGUCUCGCCCGACGCUGCGUCGGGCUCGGGCUCGGGGAGUUCCGAGCAGGACGAUGCCGCGUCCACAACUACCCUCACUGCAGAUAUAGAUGCGGGCUCGACGCAGGGAAAGCAAAAGGCGAAGGCGCCGUCUGAGGACGGGAAUGCGGCAUCCGCGCAGGGGCCUCCCGCAAAGGGAAAGAAGGAUGACAAGAGCGACGAGGGCAAAGAAGAAGAUAUGGGUAAGAAUGCCGUUGGGAAGGUCAACAACCUCAUCACGACGGAUGUCGGGGCGCUCAUGAUGGGGCAAGGCGUCUUCUAUUUUGCGGUUCAAAUACCGUUGCAGAUUGUGCUUUGUGUUUGGUUCCUGUACGACAUCCUUGGCGUAAGUGCGUUUGCGGGGCUCGUCGUCAUCAUCGCUACGCUACCUCUUCCCGGCGUCGUCGCGAACAAGUCUGGGUCUGUCCAGGAAGAGAAAAUGAAGAAGACCGAUGCGCGGGUGCAGAGCGUCACUGACUCCCUCGGCGUCAUCCGGAUGGUCAAGUUGUUUGGCUGGGAGUCGCGUCUCACACAACAGCUCACAGAGAAACGAGAAACAGAAUUGAAAUGGAUUAUGCGCACAAAACUGUGGGACAUCCUCAUCCAGAGUAUGAACCAUGUCAUUCCCCUCAUGACAAUGUUGAUUACUUUUGUGACUUACGUGAGUGAUUCGUCGACUUCCUUCGCGCAACCCGCGUUUGAAACUGAAACGUUUCCUGCAGCAUCCACUGUGUUCUCGUCAAUGGCAGUAUUUGAGAUGUUCAGCAUGCAGUUGGGUUUGAUCUUCGGUUUCCUGCCUGGUAUUGUGCGAGUGCGUGUUGCUCUGGAUCGCAUCAACGAGUUUAUGCACAAGACCGAGCUUCUCGACAACUUUGGCGAGGAGCCUGCAAUGAGGACUGAACUUACCCUACUCGUGCCCAAUAUGCAUGCCGACGCCAUCGGCUUCCGGAAUGCCUCCUUCACAUGGACAAAUGACCAAAUUGACAGCAACCCGUCGACUCCGGGAGCGUUGCGGAGGAACUUCAUCCUCCGCAUUGAAGAUGAGUUGCACUUCCAGCGCGGCAGUAUCAAUCUCAUAGUUGGUCCAACCGGGUCCGGCAAGACAUCACUGUUGAUGGCUUUGCUAGGAGAGAUGCAUUACAUCCCAGCUGGUCCAGAUUCGUUCUACAAUCUUCCGCGCUCGGGCGGCAUUGCAUAUGCCGCGCAGGAGUCGUGGGUACAGAAUGAAACCAUUAGAGACAACAUCCUCUUUGGUACUCCGUAUGACGAAGAGCGAUACCACAAAGUUAUCACUCAGUGUGGUCUGCAGCGAGACCUUGAUUUGUUUGAUGCAGGAGAUCAGACCGAGGUCGGAGAGAAGGGUAUAACUUUGAGUGGCGGUCAAAAGGCUCGAGUAACUCUUGCCCGCGCCGUGUACUCCACUGCGGAGAUCCUUUUACUUGACGAUGUCUUGGCUGCUCUCGAUGUUCACACGGCAAGGUGGAUUGUUGAAAAAUGCUUCAAGGGAGAUCUUAUCCAGGGCCGCACUGUUCUUUUAGUGACACAUAAUGUCACUAUUACCAAUCCCAUCUCCCAAUUUGUUGUCUCCCUCGCUGGGGGUCGAAUCUCUAGCCAGGGCUCCCUGCUGAGUGCCCUGGAGCAUGACCAGAAGCUUGCUGCAGAGGUCGCAGAAGAGCGCCAAGCGCUCGAGAAAGCUGAAAUGGAUAUCCAGGAAGAGAAGCAAGAAGAGGAGGCGAAGAAAAUCGUAGGGAAGCUUGUUGUGGCGGAGGAAAUUGCCGUAGGACACGUAGGCUGGCCGGCAAUGAGGUUUUAUCUCGCAAGUUGGGGAGGAAAGCACCGCAUCCUGUUCUGGACUGGCUGCUUGAGUCUUCUAGUCGUCACUGAGCUCGCGUAUAAUGCUCAGAUAUGGUAUCUUGGUUAUUGGGCGAAACAGUAUGAAAUAAAUGAUGCAUCACGAGUCAAUACCCUCUCGUACAUCGGGGUAUACGCGAUCGUCAUCCUUAUCUCUGCAUUGACUGACGUCGUAUUUGCUCUCGUCAAUGCCGUGGGUAUACAACGAGCAUCAAGAAAGAUUCAUAAGGAUUUAAUCACUUCCGUGCUUGGGACAACACUCAGAUGGCUCGAUAAAACCCCCGCAUCACGGAUAAUAACACGGUGCACUCAAGACAUGGAUUCGAUUGACACAACCGUUGGGCAAUUCACGGGCAUUCUCAUGAACAUGACGAUGUGCAUGCUGGUCAAACUCGUAGCCGUUGUCGCCAUGUCACCGAUCUUCGUUUUCCCGGGAACGUUCCUCGCUGCAGCCGGGACGUGGAUGGGUCAAGUAUACAUGAAGGCACAGCUAUCUGUCAAGCGUGAAAUAAGCAAUGCUCGUGCCCCAGUUCUCGGUCUUUUUGGUGCUGCUUUUACAGGUCUAAUCUCCAUUAGGGCCUACGGUGCGCAGGAUUUAUUUAGAAAGGAAUCUUUUAAGCGUAUCGAUAAGUACACGAGGGCCUCGAGAACAUUCAACAACCUAAAUCGAUGGAUAUCGGUUCGUAUCGACGUGCUUGGCGCAAUGUUUUCCACCAGUCUGGCAGCAUAUCUUGUCUACGGGGGCUCAUCUGCGUCAGAUACAGGUUUUACGUUGAACAUGGCAGUUGGUUUCAGCAAUUUGAUCCUUCAUGUUGUCAGGAUGUACAAUAUGCUUGAGGUUGCUGGUAACAGCCUUGAACGUGUAAAACAAUAUCUGGAAAUCGAGCAAGAACCCAAGCCGACCGAGCACGGCGUGCCUCCAGCAUAUUGGCCUGCCAGUGGAGGCCUCAGGGUUCAAAGCUUAUCUGCACGCUAUUCUCCUGAUGGCCCACGAGUUUUGGAAGACAUCUCCUUUGAAAUCAAGUCCGGGGAACGUGUCGGAAUCGUCGGACGUACUGGUAGCGGAAAAAGUUCUCUGACAUUGGCCCUUCUGCGAUGCAUCCUCACAGAAGGCAAAGUGUACUAUGACGGCAUCCCGACGGAUAGUAUCAACCUAGACGCGCUCAGGUCGCAUGUUACCAUCAUUCCCCAAGUGCCCGAGCUACUAAGUGGCACUUUACGCCAGAAUCUGGAUCCAUUCGAGCGAUAUGAUGACGUUAUACUGAACGACGCCCUUCGUUCAGCUGGCUUGUUUGCACUCCAGACGGACAUUGACGAAAAUAUAAUCACUCUUGAUACACACAUCUCCAGUGGUGGCAGCAACUUAUCGGUGGGACAGAGGCAGAUCUUGGCGCUUGCGAGAGCGAUUGUGCGACAGAGCAAGCUGCUGAUUCUGGACGAAGCAACGUCUGCGAUUGAUUAUGCAACAGACACCGUUAUUCAAGAAUCGCUGCGGAAAGAGUUAGACAAGGGUGUUACGGUGCUGACCAUUGCGCAUCGUCUACAGACGAUCAUGGAUGCUGACAAGAUUAUGGUGCUCGACGCAGGCCGCAUUGUUGAGUUUGGGAAACCUGAUAUACUGUUGAAGGACGAGAAGAGUCUGCUUCGUGCUCUUGUGGACGAAAGUGGCGACAGAGAAAAGCUGUAUGCCAUAGCAGGAAGCUGUAGAACAUUGAUUUGA